AUGGAGAUACUUCAUAGAGCUAUAUGCAUGUUCUUAAUUUUAACAAAGAUAACUGAGGGCUAUAAGAUACCCAACCCAUCUUCCAGCGAAUAUUCGAAAGGCGCAAACACUUCAAAUGACAGAAAAGAGCUUAUAGAGCUUAUUAUCGAAAUUAACAAUAUGAAUGUAAAAAACAAUAAUGUGUUUUAUAGUGAAAACAAAGAGUAUACUGUAAAAUUUCUAAAAGUAGAUAAAGUGUACAAUGCCUUUUUAACAGGCGAUACCCAGACUGCAUUUAUUUUUGAUAUGAUAGAAAGAGACUUUUUAGAAGAGCAUCCGCACUUUGUUUUAAUAAACAACAAAUCCAGAAAAUUAUUCAUGGAAAAUAACACGCAUAUCAUAAACCGUUUGAGAAACAGAGAAUACAAUGAAAAUGCACAGUUUCAGAUGAAAGAAGUUAAAAAUGAAUUUACGGAAAUGUGGGGCACAAAUACCUACAAAUGUAUUAUAAUAGCAAAUUUUAGAGAAAUAGAUAAAAUAGACCGCAAAAUACUACUAAAUUACAAUUAUAAAAGUAUAAAUGAGUUGACAAAUAAUUUAGAGAAGCUUAGUUUUACUAAAAACACAGAAAUCGAAGUAUGGACGCGCCCUCUUAUUUUAAGAAAUGACAUAGAUCCUGAAAAAAAAGACACUGUAUGGGUUGAGUUUAUAAGAGACAAGGAUUUAGAUGGUAGCCAUUUUAACGAUAGGGACAAUCGAUAUAUUCUCAGAUUUAUAUUUGAUACUUGCUUGAACAUUUCUAAUGAGUCAAACAAUAACACUAUCAACUACAUGAAUGAUAGUAAUACAGGCGUAUAUACUAGAUCGUCAAACCAUCGCCUUGAAAACAGUGCUCCACUCGAUGCCAGCAGCAAAUUUAAGCACUCCUAUGAGCUUAGCGAUCCACUCGUUCUUAUUUUGAUCCAUGUAAUGGCAAAAAAUCUUAUUCCUACCUCUUACAUAGGCCAAGAAGACGAGGUUUUAUUUUUCUACAAUAGGAAUUUAUCCUGUAAAAAUAUAACUUCAGUUGAUAUAUUGAAAAAUUAUGGACUGUAUUUUUUAUUCCCCACAUGGUGCAUUCAGAUAUGCCUCAUGCACAUGAAUCGUAAAAACGAAACUGAAUUUUAUAAUAGUGAUAAUUUAGACUAUGUAUACAACCAAAUUAUAAGGUGUUUCUACAUUCAAAACUGCCUGUCCACUUUAACUUUUACAGUUACAGAGGCAUCGAGUACUAUUGUUUUAGCAAAUUAUGAUAGCAUGGAUGAAAAAGUGCCAGUGCUAGAGUCUUUCGAUAGGUACAAGCCCACUCUAUACGCAAACAAUAUCCUGCAAAACUAUCAUAAACUUGCCUGCAGUUCAGCUAUAAUAGCUAAUGUGCUCCAUGAAGAACAGGAAAUGAGAAAGCACGAAGAACUAUACACAGCUUUGGACGAAAUAGCAGACAUAAAAGAGAGCAGUUUAAUCGUGUGGAAAGACCCCCUCAACUAUUCCGUCAUUUGGGUCAAGUUUAGAAAAUCAAAGUUUAUAAUGGCACUGCUGAAUAUACUGAAAAAUAAAGAAAAAGAAAUGGUGGAUGCUUUAGAACAAACACAAAACAAAGAGGAAAUGCCAACAGAGUAUGAACUAGAACAGCUGCAGCUAAACAUCGCAAAACUACAAGAACUAUCAGAAAGCUGCACAGAAAAUGAAGAAAUGGUAUUUCCAUGCAACAGAGAUCACUUGAUUUUCAAAAAAAUGCUAUCUUUAAUACAGGCUAGCUUGCUAGCACGCAGCUUAUUUUUGAACAUACAGCCCUUGAUCAAACUGCUCAACGAUAUUAUUUAA